AUGGCAGAGGAGGUAUGGGUGGGCACCUGGCGGCCCCAUCGCCCCAGGGGGCCCAUCAUGGCCCUCUACAGCAGCCCUGGACCCAAGUACCUGAUCCCACCAACCACAGGCUUCACGAAACACACACCCACCAAGCUGCGUGCACCGGCCUACAGCUUCCGGGGGGCACCCAUGCUCCUGGCCGAGAACUGCUCCCCAGGGCCCCGCUACAGCGUGAACCCCAGGAUACUGCGGACCGGCAAGGACCUCGGCCCCGCCUACUCCAUUCUGGGGCGCUACCACACCAAAACCACACUGACCCCGGGCCCUGGCGAUUACUUCCCUGAGAAAUCGACCAAGUACGUGUUCGACUCGGCGCCCAGCCAUUCCAUCUCGGCGCGGACCAAGACGUUCCGGGUGGACAGCACUCCAGGCCCCGCAGCAUACGCACUACCGGUAGUGAUGGGGCCUCACACAGUGGGCAAAAUCGCCCAACCGUCCUUCUCCAUCAAGGGCCGAAGCAAGCUGGGCAGCUUCAGUGACGAUAUGCAUAAGACGCCAGGACCUGCAGCUUACCGCCAGACAGACAUGCAGCUGACCAAGCUGAAGGCGCCACAGUAUACCAUGGCCGCCCGCGUGAUGCCCCCAGGGGAUAAGACCACGAAGCCAGGACCAGGAGCCCACAGCCCAGAGAAGGUGACACUGACGAAGCCCUGCGCACCUGUGGUCACCUUUGGCAUCAAGCACUCCGACUACAUGACGCCCCUGGUGGUGGACGUGGAGUAG